UUCCUGCUUGUUCCCACAGCACAUUUUCUUAUUUGAUUAUACAUUGUAUCUUUCGAAUCUGUGCUCCCCUGCAAAUAAGUCCUGCUAAAAAUGGCUCUUUUAGGUUCUCAGAGUAUUGUGAUGCGCUUAAUUCUAGUAUGUAUGGCGGCAUUGUCCAUGGUGGAUGCCGCAGCUCGGCCUCUUGCGCAGUGGAGAAAGCUCUCCGCUUUGGUGGAAGAAAAGCCUCUCGUUCUGCAAUACCAUAAUGGCCCUCUGCUUACAACAAAACCCAUUCUCAAUCUUCAUCUCAUCUGGUACGGCAAUUUCACUUCCACGCAGCGUACCAUUGUGGCCGAUUUUGUGCAGUCAUUGGGAAAGGGAGACGGCAAGCACGGGUUUCCCUCUGUGUCGGCCUGGUGGAAAACAACAGAGGCCUACAAAGGCUCUGCCCCUUCCAAAUUAAACCAAGCCCAAAUCCUAAAUCCAAGGCUCGGGAAGCAGAAGCUGGACGAAGCUUAUUCUCUCGGAAAGUCCUUGAAAAGAAGUGACAUUGCUGUCCUGGUGAGGAGUGCCAUCCAGUCCAGAGCUCUGCCUCCACCCCAGAAGAAGAUAAGCAAUGGCGAGGUGGAGUUGUACUUGGUGCUCACAUCUGAGGAUGUUAUGGUGGAGAACUUCUGCAGUAGCUCUUGCGGAUUCCAUGGCAGCAGCAAAGCAGGCAUUGAUUACGCUUACGCAUGGGUCGGAAACUCAGCAACGCAGUGCCCGGGGCAGUGUGCGUGGCCAUUUCAUCAGCCUCUUUACGGUCCGCAGAGCCCUCCUCUACUGCCGCCCAACGGCGAUGUGGGCAUUGACGGUAUGAUCAUCAACAUUGCGGCGAGCGUUGCGGGAGCAGUGACGAAUCCGUUCAAGUCAGGUUACUUCCAGGGAGACGCCGCUGCCCCGUUGGAGGCGGUGUCAGCGUGUGGAGGAAUGUAUGGAAAGGGGGCUUAUCCUGGUUACGCUGGGCAACUGUUGGUCGACGAGACGACAGGUGCCAGUUACAAUGCCCAUGGCGUCAACGGCCGCACGUUCCUGCUGCCAGCAAUGUGGGAUCCCACCUCGCGCUCCUGCAAGACCUUGGUCUGAAUCACCUAAACAAAAUUUUAAUGGUUCCUGUAUACGAUUCUUUUAACGGACUGGAGUUGUCCACCUCCAGCAGUUUUUAAUUCUUUAUUCAUUUAAUAUUUGAAUUAAUAAAUUAUUCUUUAUAUU